AAAGAAGAGAUGAUGACAUGCUGACGCGAUGACAGGGCUUGUUUACUUCGGAUUGUUUUUUUUAACCCAUGGACGUGUGCGAUCAUGUUUUCAUGUACUGUUUUUAACGAUUAAUUAAAUUGUGAGGUUUUCAAAACUGGUGUAUGUCAACUGUGCUGAUUGCUGUGCCCUAAUUUGACAUUUGCUGGACAAUGCUGGAGUGGACAAACUAACGAAGGUUCAACUUCAAAAGCAGGUUGAUUGAGAAACUACUGCAAUUCUGAACUCUGACUUCACUUAAUACUUUCCGAUGUUGUGCUGAUGAUUAAGAGGUAAUCAUGGACACCACGCCAGAUACAAAUCAUCAAGCAGCAAACAUCCGGCUGAAUGCCGCAUCUCAGGAGAUGGAGACCUCCGGUGAGAUACCCUACAUGGACGAAGAUGAGCCCGUCCCAUCUCCACCAUCCUCCAGAUCGGGAACUCUUAAAGCCCGCAAGAACUCCAAGGGCCGGAGUCCCAAAUGCUCCCCGAUGAUGGUCAACAAGGAGAGCAGCAUCCCCAUCGUCAAGAAGGAGGCAGAGAAGGUCAUGGAGAUGUUCCUCAAGCGGCGGAGUAUGAGCAUGAAUGAUGCCAUCCUGCAAAAGGAGUUCUUCAGUCAGGAGAGACGGAGGAAGAAAGACCGAGCGCCGCGCAAUAAUACGGUGUCUAUAUGCUCCACUAUGAGCACUGACUCCAGCGACUAUCGCAACAGUGGAGAUUACGAGGAGGCAACGCUAACGAGAAGCAAGGGCAGUUUCAGCCGAGCUUUGGAGAAUUCGAUACUGCCGGGAGAUGUGAAACGGGAGCAGUCAUCUGCCGACGAUGAACUGUCAUCGUCUGAUCAUGAACUGGACAAGGAGAAAUCUCGGUCAGCACCUUCCACCCUGCGCAUGCAGGUUGGCCGGGUGACUGAAGAAGACAUUGAAAAGCUUCGAGCGGCUGGUAAUGGCUAUGCCCAGCACGACAAAGAUGGCGUGAAGAAAGAGCCGAAGAAGAGAGACAUACCAAAAAGGCGUAAGAGCCUGUUGGACAAAGCCAAGCAAAUUAUCCGCUCUCCUAGCAUGCAGAGAAAGCAUGAUCACUCAGAAGAGAAGGAGCCUCCUGCUGGUCCCAAUGAAACUUCUGCCAGUCGGUCCAAAGUCCAUCAAGAAAUGAAACACACUGGCUUUGCAAACAGGCUGAAGAGGACAUUUCGACGAGACUCCCGCAAAAAUUCCCUGAAAACUGAAUCCGAGACGAAAACUCCCACCCCACCCAACUCGGCUUCUGCAGAAUCUAAGGACGCAGCCAAAACGAGGCGCUGGCCAAGCUUCCAGCUCAAGAGGAAACCACGGAAGAGUGCAUCAACUCCCACAGACGACAGCCUCGCCGGUGCUACGCCCUCGGAUACCACCUCAAAUGCGGACUGGGCCUCAGUCAGUGACUAUGACCACACCCAAUCCAUGACCGAAUUUGACCGCAGGAAACUCCUCAAAGAGAUUCACAAUGGUGUUCAGUUGCGUCGUGCGCAGACGGCUGCCGGCAGCGAUUCUCAGCUUCACUCCAGAGAGGCCAAAAAAUUGCCGUCCCGGAGUGCAAAGGAGCUAGAGGCCAGCGGACUUGGGUCCACAGGCACUCAGACCCCCUCCUCGGUUCUGUCAAGUUCCCAAGAGUCUGGGAUGUCAUCUGACUGGUCAUCGGGUGGGUCUGGCCAAAAAUCACAGAGACCGAGGAGUCUUAACUUGACAAGAUCAAAACGGCAUGAAAGAAACAAACAGGGACUUAAUGAUGUCUUGAAGUUGGAUAGGAUAACCCCGGGUCAUGUCCGGCGAGACACCGACACAAGGCAGCCUGUCAUGCCCACUGCAGAGGGGGACAGGAAUAGCCGGGACCUUGAGUUGGAUGGAGUAGAAGACGCUGGGGAUGAUAUGAGUGUUGGAGGAGGAGACGAAGAUGCCACACUGCAGCGGCCGUCCAAGCGAGAGAGGGAGGAAUUCUACAAACGAAUCGCUGACCGGCUUGCCCAGAUCGGAGACCGGUUCGUGACAGAGUACCAGGAGGGUGUUGUUGAGCCCGAUGAGUCUUCCGGAUCCGACGUGAGACUCAGGGCGAAGGAGCUAGCUGCGACAGCUGCUCCCAUGGAGACCAGUGCGGCCACAGCUGCAGGUGGUGCAGAAUCGGACGAAAGACUAUUUGAAACCAUAGGUGGAAGGAUACGAGACCACGUGGAUGGUUACCGAGCUAGUGAGGUGAUUGUAUUUGAGCUCCUAAGGUUAAGUGGUAAUCUGAUCGAAUUGCCACUUUCACCCGACAUUGAUAUCUCCAGGUCGAUCCUGUCGGUGGUGCGAGACCACACCUACGCGGUCUUCCGAGACACCAUGCAGGGACUGAUUGGCCAGGACACAGGGUUCGAGCAGCUGGCCCUGGUCUUCAAGUUCACCAAGCUGGCCAUGAAGAUUGCCCAGCACUACGGCUCCAGGGCCAGUGACAUCAAACAGAACAGCCUGCGGUACAUCGGCGAUCGAUUCGCUGCCUGGCUGGACAGCCAAGGAGGAUGGGGAGCUGUGGUGGAUUCCAGUGACGAAGAAGAGGAGGAACAGUCUCAUCAUGGCGAGUCUGAAAUUGAUUGAUGUUGAAGACAGCAACGUAAGAUAUUUUCUUCGUGUUUUUGCAUUAAAAUAAUUUGUUUUAACAAGAAAACGUUUAAAAUUUUCGUUUUUGGUUUUCAUACCGUACACGACGUCAUGUCCAGAAAUUCAAUUUUGGUUUUAGCAUUUUUUCUUUUGGCAGCUGCUUAAAAGUAGAAUGUAUGUUUAUGGAAAGGCAAUGUCUAAGCAGCAUAUGCCUACACAUGUACUUGUAAGUCUUAUCCAAACACCGUGAAAUUUCUUUGAUUCAUGAUGCACAGAAGUCACGAUACGCUUUUAAAGUACAGAUUUUUAUCAAAAAAAUGAAAAUUUGUUUGUGACAUGAAUGGGUUGCCAUAGUAAUCAUUUGACAUUGCCGUGAUCAGGUAUAUAAUUUUUCUCAAUGAUUUUGCAGGCAUGCAAAUUUUCCUCAGAGCAGUUGAGUUCCUCUUUUGUUUUCACUUCACACUUACAUUGUAAAUGCCAUGAAAACUUGAACAACGCUGUAUAUAGUCUUGUAAAGCUUGGGAUUUUCUCUUAUUUUUUGGUUAUUUCCCAGUUGCAUGCCUGACUUUCUCCUCGCAUAUCAAGGCAUUACUAAAAUACUGAAUUUUCUAUGCAUGAAAUGAGACAUGUCAGCAAGUUCUUUUGCAUAUACUUCACUAAAGUUCUUUGGCUCAGAACUAAAAUAUCCAUCAAGUUGCAGACAUCAUAUGAUUUUUUUUGCAAAUUGCCAUGCUUGCACUCAUGUUAAUCUGAACUUUUAAAGUUUGAAAAACAAGCUUUGGGCUUCUUCAUAAACUGUUUGGUAAAAAAGUUUUUUCAUCACAAAAGUUUAUUUAUUAUGAAUAUUUGAGACAUACAUUGGAUUUUUAGCAUUUUAUUCUUAAAGAUUUUGAAUUACACAUACUUUUUUGUUCACUAGAUGUGAGUGGCAUAUCUCAUUAAUGUGUUAAAUUCUAAAUCCAGUAUUCAUAGUUAACCUAAUAUUUGUACACAUGUGUAAGUAAGAUGGCUAAUUAACUUGUACAUAUUCUGUAAGAAAUCUUAAAUUUUAACGAAUCAUAUAGAGAAUGUCUAAAAGUUUAUCAAUUUCUUAAGUGUCGUCUUAUCAUCUGUUAGCAAUCCACUUCAGCUGCAAUUGAACUUAGUUUAUGGAUUUUUUGUAUUGUACUUAGAUGAAUAUUUAUCAGGCGAUUUUUGAGGAAUGGAAUUAUUGCCAGUUCUUCAAUUUAGCAAUUCCAAUGUUAGUUCGAUAUUUUUUUCAACUUUGUGCAUUCCCAGAGAAACUGAAUUCAGGCAAAUCUAGUUUCUUGGAUAUUUGUGCAAGAGACCUUGUACUAGUAAAUAUGGAGUACCGAAGUGUGACGUCAUUUAGAACCAGAAAGUGUAGUGCAAACGAAUGCAGUACGCGCGCAUGUUGGUUCACGGGCUGAAUCACGCGCUAAUGUCUUUCACACACAUUUUGUGCGAGUGACCUAUUCACUACGGUACUCCAUACUUGUACAUGUACAUGUACAAGUGCAUAAUCAUGUUGUACAACUAUGUAUCUACCAAAUUCAAACACUAUGUGAUGUACAUACAUGUUUGUACCAGAGCUUCAUCUCUGGCCACAUCUUUGUCGCUUGCCCAAGAUUCCUAAGAAUCAUGCUUUGUUCAAACUCUGUCUCUCUGAAGUUGGAAGUCGACUACAGGAUCAAAAUCAUGAUGUUGGAGCCUGAAUCCAAAGUCGGAGAUGUAGCCGGGAUUUUGUAAACCUCUAAAAUACGUGUAUACAAACAAAACAUUUGUUUGUUGGGUCGUGGCCCAGCAGAGUGCUUCAUUAAAUGCAUACAUAUGCAGGCCAAGGGUGUCAGGAUGCAUACAUUGUAUGCAUUUUAUUUUGGUUCUACAUGCAUAUUCAAAUUAACUCAAAGAUUGAAAACUCUGAAACCCUAGAAUGUAGCAUUUCUGGCUCCCAGUUAAAGUAUACGUGUAGUAUCAAGGUUGUUUUGAAUUCUUUCCCCCGAUGCAAUUCAGUUUCACAAAUGCACCAAUAGUGCCGAAAUUGUCCUUUUAUCAAGCACAUAUCCAACGUCAGUUUCUUUUACUUUAAAGAAUAUUUUACACUUUUUUAAAAGACAUUGUUUGGUUUUAUCAAAUAAGAAAUUCGUGUGUUUUCGAUUUGUAGACCAUCUUUGUUAAACAAAGUGUGUAAAUUUAUGUGCCUUUUGAAAAAAAAAAUAAUUUCCAUUUGUUCAUUGUAAUUUCUUCCUCUUUAUGAAAGAUAUAUCAGUCAUAUCCUGUACAUGUACGGUAGCUCACUUCUUUAACACUAGCAAUUUUCCCCUUCCAAAUUCCUGUUGAAAAAAAUCCAAGGAAAGUGUUACAGUUUCUGUAUUAUUGGGCAAAACUAACUGUUUGGACAAAAGCGACUGUAAUUAAUUCAUGCAUAUUCAACGGCUGAACAUUUUAACGAAGACUGCAACAAUCAUGAUAAACAUACCGGUACGUACAUAUCCAUAUACGUGUAUGUACACGUAUCAGGCCCAUAGCCAGCCUGGUGAAAGGGGGUAGUGGUCAUUUUUACAAUAAAGUGGACCUUUACAUUACUAUCACUGCGUCCCCUUGCUGAGCUUGCAGACAGAUUGUGUGGAGACUACAUAUGCUAGACCAGGCUGCUAGCCACACACCGCGCGCCGCUACAAGUACAGCUCAGACCAGAAUAACGAUACCAGGACGUGCGAUGUGACGACAAAUACAUAGGCUAUAAAGUAGUGCGUGAUGGAGCUUCGUCUAAAUAUUUCCUGUUGAACUAUCAACGUGUAACCAUUAAGUUAUUUUUCCAAAGAUAGCGCACGCAAACACAUUUUGAGUAAAACUAAAAAUUUGACCUGCUGCUGAUUUGGGAGGGGGGGGGGGGGUUUGACCUUCCCUGGCUAUGAGACUGUGUACAUGUAUGGUGAUGGGGUCCACACUUGAGCAGUCUGGUGCAUAAAUUCAUAUAAUGAAAAUCUCCAAUGAAAGAGAAAUACUUAUUUUAGAGUUCAGGUUUAUACAAAUGUCCACCUCCAUCCAAUCCAAAAUUAGAAUGCAACAUGCUUUCAGAAUUGCCAACAAGAUACAAUAAUAUGUGUUGAUAAGUGACAUGGAAUCAAUGUAUAAUUCCUGGUGCUAAAUACAAAAAUGUAUGACUUGGUUUCUAAUUAUGCUUUUACAAAAUUAAAAAUUGAAUUGUGUUUUUUUUAAUGGAACCCCUUUUUACGACAACUAUACAAUGUAUGUACGUAUUACUAGUACAAUAAUGUUAAGAUGUACAUGUAUAAAAGUGUUAACAGAGUACUUAGUUUAGAACCCCACUUUAGAGUACUAAAAUAUUUAUGAGUAGAAUUUGAAGUUCAUUUUUUUAAAAAAUAAAUGCUGCAGUUGAGAAUGUUUAACUUAAUUUAUUGUGUUUUACAGAAAUUGUUUGAAGUGGUAGUGGUAAUGAUCCUGAACAAAAUUUGUCUGGGAAAAAAUCCAUAUGUGUGUAUUUUAAUUGUUGAUUGAUGAUACCUGUUACAACUUACUCUAAGUACAUCUAAUGAAAAUUGUGUCAAUAUUUGUCAAGUAAAACUUGCAACUUCAUGUUUGGAUUAAUAUAUCAGUGACUAAGACUGUUUGUGUAGUGGCAAAUAUCAUGGAGUGGCUAUGCUGAGAGAAAUUUCAUUCGCACAUACUUCAGUUUUUUUUAUAAUAAAGUAGCAAAUACAGGUUAUAACCGUUUCAUAGAGGAUGUUAAUGCUUUAACACUUAGCAUGCAGCAUUUUUGACCAAGCAACUUCCAAAAAUGUGUUGUGGGUUGUGAUUCAGCAGCUUUUGUCCAAGACAAAACUUGAAUAGGUGUGCUAUCGGUAAUUAUUACAAAUGAAAUUGCGCACGAGUUAUGAGAAAUCAGAGGAAGAAGAGUAGAACAAAUUGUAUCAGGGAUGUUUUUUAAUUUGUUUUUUAACCUGAUAUAAAACUGAUCUCCAUCU